AUGAUAAUUUUAGCACGAUUGUGGCUGCAGUUGGAGAAGGCAGAUCCAUUUACAACAAUUGAAAGCCUUUAUCCGAUGGCCCACCUGCGAACAGCCUUGGGUUUUAAGCCACCAGACAAAUACAUCAUGAAAAAAGCCCCUCGCAGGAGUGAUGAUAUCUUAAUUAGUCCUUGGAUUUUAUUCCGAUAUCUCAUCCUCCCCAUUUCAUCUAUUUUAGCUUCCAAUCUUGUUAAGGUCACUGCUGUUGUUGGGCUUUGGGGAUGGACAACUGUUACCCUUUCAAUCGCCUCUUUAUUGAUGGUUAUCCGUUGUAGCAGUAAAGAUCCUGGUUAUGUGAAUAUGUCGGGAGGGAUAAAGAAUAAUGUUGAUGCCGAGGUAUGCUUUCUUUCUGAUUAA